AUGGCAUCAGGAGCUUCCACCGGUGCUGAUAAAUUGGGCGGUAGAAUGAAGCCGUCGUCUAGAGGACACCAUAGAUUCGUGGGAGUUAGGCAAAGACCAUCAGGGAGGUGGGUGGCUGAGAUCAAAGACUCUUCGCAAAAAGUCAGGCUUUGGCUUGGAACUUAUGAUACCGCCGAGGAAGCAUCUCGAGCUUACGACUGUGCUGCUCGGGCGUUGCGUGGGGCUAAUGCCCGUACCAACUUCGAACUACCUGGUCCUCAGUUGGCUUCUAGCUCGUCUACCAACCGUUUAAUCUUUGAUAAUCUGCAGCCUUUCUCAUCUGAGAAAACCUGUGGGAGUGAUGCUGGUGGGCUUCUUGUUGGUGCACUUCCCAAGUUGCUUGAUGCUGCGUUGCUUCUGACCCUCCUCUCAGCAACAAGAACUUAUGCCUAG